GAUUCGAAACACUACAACGAAGAAACCCACUGGGACGAUGUCCGCGAGCUUAAUGACAGCAGCGCAACACAUGGCCUGCCUGGUCAUCCGUGGACUACCGUUAACGCCUAGGACUGGGCGAUUCGGAUGAGGAUGUGUGGCCGCCGCCGCCUCGAGGAAGCCAUCUCACUGGGAAGGAUGCGCCUUUACCGCAUCAUCUUCUUAUGCACUUGAUUGGCGGGGCAUCCUGCAGCAAUCAACAACCAUGGACAACGAACGACAGCGACAGACUAUAUGGAUGCACCAUCGCUUACUCGCACGACAACGACACAUUAGCCACAUGCGCGGGGCAAUUUUCUUCCCUUUUCUCCCCUUUCAACUUUAUUGCUGCAAUGAGCAUGCUCGCGCUCUCAACCUCUCCCAGCCACCGAUUCGUCCUGGAGACUUGCACCCAACAUGAGACUCCCCACUUACACCGGCGGCAAGGUCACAGCCCCCAUCCCCUUGCAGACCAUGGCAAUUGGGGGGAGUUCACUGUUACGCGCCCUGGUGGUCUAUAUGCCAAGCCUACCGAGCUGGAAGUCAGACCGUGCUGGACUUGUCGCGGUCGUCGGCGCUCAAACGAUCUCGCAGUCUCUUGAAUCACCGAUCGCGCUGCCUGUCGCGCUUCCAUCUUGCUAUCAUGCUUUUCUUGGUAUUGCGUCGAUGUGCGACCAGCAUCGCUGGACAGCAUAGUCACCUCGUCUCUCGUUGCGGUCGGUUGUCAGUUGCCAUGUCCUCUCUCUCCUCGCUAGGAAAUCUAGUGUAUUUAUUGUCCCUACCCUUUCUAGUCACAGGUUCCUGACCCGACGAACAUCUCCCUUACUGGCACCGAUCACGAGAGCUCAUCAUCCAAGUGGACGAACUUGCUGCUACACUCUUGUCAUCGACACUCUUUGCUUUGAAGCCAGACCUUACUCAGAAUGAGAUGGACGUGGACGAGACGCAACCUUCAAUACGAGACUUAGCUUCCGAGCGAGCACACUCUAUCAAUGACCACAAGUUGUGGCCAUGGUCUUGGGGUGGGUGUCGGUGUGCGGCCGCUAUACAGGCAAUGGUCCUAAUGAUAAUCUCUGGCCCAAGAAGUCUUGGAUAGUACUCGCACGGGUAAUGCCGGUAAGAGCAGUCACAUAUGGUCUGCGAGGGGAGUUGUGACGGUGGUGAUGAUGAUGGGUUGAACUCCGGAAGAUGUUGUCAGGCUCGUGAGGAUAGGGAGCAGGGAGUAAGACCACACAACAUUCGCCAAAAAGCAGAACGGACAUAGGCGAGAGAGAAGAAGAGUUCACAGAACCAUGAGAAAACCGUGACGGCGGGCACAACGUAAGAGGCAUGAUGGCAGACGGACACAACGCAGGCCGGCGACAGUAGCGGCGACAGCACUGGCGACAACUACACCAACGAUGGGUGGGCAGCAAAUGGGAGUGAGUACCCAGGGCAGAUGGAGCCUUUGGGAGCCCGGUACGGUCGCGAUACUGAGUGGAUGAGAAUCUGAUAGCCGAAAACCCAGAAUCGCGGCUUUGCUACUAACAAAAGUUGCUGGUGGCCUAUGCUGACACUAACAGAGGGAUCUGAUUGGCCUGUCGGUAGACUCCGGGCUCCCGGCUGCAUUUGGUUCAUUGGAUACUAGUCCAAAUAGGGCAAGCGUCGCAUUGUUGAGUGUCUUCUUGCGCCGGGCGAUGAAACCAGUGGAAGCGCCGACAUCAGCACCGCCCCCUGAUAACUGACUCUGCUGAUUUGACGAGACAGGCCACACAGAUACCAGGGACACACACACAGCGGAGACUUCUCACCCUCACUCUCAAUCACCCUCACUCGCAUUCGCAUCGCAAGACACUCUCACUCAUCAGUCGCUCACCACUCACUCCGUCACCCACACACGCUCGCAUCCGACCCGUCCAGCAAAUUCCGUUGCGCAAACAGACAGCCCGCCAGCAGCUCCCUAGUCAUCGCUCGAUGGGUCGCUCGAGCCGACCACAACCAUGAGCACCUGGAUGAACGAAGCCGCGGUCCCCAACCACAAUGGCAACGCCUUCCCACACAUGAACGACUCGAACGCUGCCGGAGCCAUGAUGGAUCCCUCCGCCUUCAUGGGCAGCCCUGCCCACUUCAAUCCCGCUCAGUUUGCCAAUCCUCAACAGGCCCAGCAGGCCCAGCAACAGCAGGUUCAGCAUCACCAACAGCAACAGCAACAGCAACAGCAACAGCAGCAGCAGCAGCAGAUGGCCGCCAUGCAAAAUGGCCAGAUGCGCAACGCCUCGCCCUCAUCUUUCCAGAACCCCGCCUAUCAAACCAACUCGGUCGUUCCAUCAAAGCGACCUCGUCCUCGCGAGGACAGCAUCGCCGGCUCGCCGCGACAGAAUCCCGGCAUGCUGCCGACGUCGCGCUCCGAAACGCCCCAGACCUUCCCCGGCUAUCAACCGGGUAUGCCUCAACAGGCUCAAGGCCAACCCUCGCCCUACCCCCAUCUCCAACCCAACGGCUCCGCCAACGCGACGCCGUCUCCCAUCAUGGCGAACCAACUGCGACCCGGCAGUGUACCCCAGCGAGUCGCAACCGCGUCACCGCAUCCUUUCUCGCCCGGCGCCCAGCAGUUCGCGCCCCAAGCCUCCCCGAACCCUUCCGAACACGGCACCCCCCAACCGAACCACUACAUGCAGCAGAACAUGCAGAAUAUGCCACAGGGCUAUAAUCCCAACUUCAACCCUUCCCAGUCGCCCGCGCGACCCUCCCCGAACCCAAACGCGAUGGCCGCCUCGGGCAUGAUGCCUCAGCAGAUGGGACAGAUGCCUCAGCACAUGGGCCAGAUGCCGAACCAGAUGUUGCCACCCAAUAUGCAACCGCGAAACCCGAUGGAGCAGCAACAGAUGGCUGCCUACCAGGCGCGGUUGGCUAAACAACUACAACAAGGGACGAUGCAGGGAAUGCAGAACAUGCAGAACAUGCAAAAUAUGCAAAGCAUGCAGAAUAUGCAGAUGGCGGCGCAGAUGCAGGCUCAGAACAUGGCUCAAGGCCGCGGCAUGAUGCCAAAGCAACCGAUGCAGAUGCCCAACGGCCAAAUGCCGCCAGGCGCCAUGCGACCCCAGCCCCAACAACGCCCGAUGCCCGGAUCAAACCCCGAAUCCUUCAUGAAGUCCCUCAAUAACUUCAUGGCCGCCAAGGGCCAACAACUCGAUCCCAAUCCGGUUAUUGGCAACCGCCCCGUCAAUCUCCUCACGCUCUUUCAAUCCGUUCAAUCGAAAGGAGGCUACAAGCCCACGACCGCCGGCAAUCAAUGGCCCCAUGUUUCCAACAGCAUAGGCUUCCACCCCGGCCAGAUUCCUCAGGCGCCACAGAUGUUGAAGGAAAUCUACGAACGGAACCUGCUUCGCUUUGAAGAGGCCUGGGUCGCGCAGCAGAGUCGGCAGCGUAUGAUGCAGCAUCACAACCAGCCAGGCAUGCCUGGUCAGCCCGUCCAGCCCGGUCAACCCGGUCAACCCGGUCAACCCGGUCAGCCCGGUCAGCCCGGUCAGCCCGGUCAGCCCGGUCUACCUAUUCCGCCCGGUGCCCAACCUCAGUCGACUCCUACGAAGCAGCAAAUGUCCCCACAAGGUCAUUUGCCGCCCCAGCAGCCAAUGAUGCCUCAAGGUCAGCCGAACAUGCCUCCUCAGCAGGUCCAGACUCCCGUCAAGCAAGGGUCAUUCAGCGGCCAGCCUCCGUCGGUCAACGGGUUCCAAACUCCUCAAGCACCAGGGCCACAUACUCCUGCGACUGCGCAGCAGGGCCACGCCCGCAAUAGCCUUUCGCGGAGCGUCGAGCCAACGCCAGGCCAUCCUCAGGCCUUCCCCUCAGCGUCCCCAGCAUCCGUCAAAGGUGGAGGGAUGCCCAUGGCGGCGCCUCCUGGGAUGGACCAAAAUCUGAUGGCGGCGUCUAUCAAACCCCGCAUGCUGCGACUGGCCCACGAAUCCGACGAAUACACGCCGAGCGCUCGCCCUCUCGAGACCUACGGCGGAAUCAACGUCCGGGCAUUUGACUUGAAGGGUCUGGAACUCCAAAGCCUGAAGCCUGACAUCCCCCCACCGUACGAGCUGGGGUAUGUAGAUCUGCAUGCCCUCACGCGGAGUUUAGAAUCCGGCAUUCACGGCGAAGUCCGCCUUGCCCUCGACACCCUUGCGACCGUUACGGCGACCCAGCACCAGGCGCUGCACAUCCACCUGAAGUACUGCGAGGAACUCAUUGAAGCGCUUCUCGAGUGCGCCGAAGAACAGCUGGACUUGCUUGUGGAGAACACAGAAGAGGCUUCGGCCGACAUCCAGCUGGCCCCCUACGAGGACGUGGCACGCGCCUGCUGGACCGACAAGAUGGGUGUUAGGGAGCUGCCCAAGUUCGGGUCGCUAGACUACGAGCUCGACCGAGCUGUUGAGCGCUUCUCCUGUGUCAUCACCAUUCUGCGCAACCUGUCUUUUCCUGAGGCCUCCAACGAGAACCAUCUUGUGCUGGGCGAUGAGCUAGUGAUUAAGUUCCUUUGCGUCGUCAUCAGGUAUCUCGGCACCAGGAACAUGCUGUUUCGGACAAACGCAAACACGCUGGAGUUUAUGAAGGACGCCAUCAUCCUCCUGUCCAACAUUGCGGGCGCGGUUGAAAUUCCCGGCCGCGAGCAGGCUUUGUGUCUCUUGCACUUCUUGCUGGCUUUUGCGCCAGCCCCAGGGCCAACAACCAUGGAUGACAAGCUCUACUUCCCGCCCUAUCAGCCUGGUGUCCACACGUACACCUUCCACGCCGUGGACGCGCUGGCCAGAUUUCUGGCCAGAGACGAGCCCAACAGAACACACUACAAGAUGCUGUAUGCUAUGGAUGCUAGCAGCAGUCCGCCGUACGACUUGUUGACGCGUUCUUUUGCUCUCGCUACGACUGUCGUUCCCAUCCAGUCGCCCGAAUCCGCCGUGGCACACAUCGAGGCUCCAGAACGGUUCUUCCGGCUCGUUGAGGAUCGCAAGCCGUGGUUGAUGCAGGGCCUCCUGGCUGCGGAUAUCCUUGCCUCCCUGGCCCCAGGGUACGAAACAGGCGUUGCCAAGUCAUGGCUUUCCAGCGGCAACGGGUUUGCGCAAGCCCUGUAUCAUUUUGUGCAGGUGCUGGGAGCCCAGUUCGAGCAGCCGUGGCAAACACGCAGCGGCCAAGGCGACCCCGCGGGUCGCGACACGGGGCUUGUAUACAUUGCGACCUCGGGUAUCUCGACUCUGCGGAGACUAGCAGAAAAGGCCCGCGAUCCCAACGACCCCAGGUCGUCUGUCCCCGCGGAUUCGUUGCCUUCAGAGGAAAGCCUAUUCAAGAUGAUGCUGAUGCGGUCGCCGGAAUGGACCAAGGAUGGCGUGAUCCGGAACCUUGCGGUUUACGCGUCAGUGGACUCUUGAGAUAGUGACAUUCACGACUUUCAGGAUUUUGCAUGGCAUCGACAGGCAGUCGGCGUCUACGUUUGUUUCAAAAGGAGCGGUUGCUAUACCAUGUGGACAUUCAGUUGAAAGGAGGUUUAACAUCCAGCCCAUCGUUGGGAGUAUGGUGCAGAUAUUGUACAAGUGUUGUAACCAAAAAAAGAUAUUGGGCGAGUGGUUGGGAGUUAACUGGGAGCAUGGAGCGAGGCUGCUUGGCCAUGGGGCCAUUUGUUUCUUAGGUGUAUAUGACGCGGCAAUGCAGAAUCCCUCCAAAGACUGUCUGAACACGACGAGGCGCCAGGUGCAGACAGUAUAAUGAAUCAGACAGGAUGAAUGUCGUCACCUGGGAGGCACUAGUCUUCUUUACAUGU